AAUGCAUUCGAUGUCGCUGCUGCGACCUGCAGCAAAAAAUUUGCUUGAGGAGCUCGUACAUUGGGAGGUCUCAGAAGAGGAGCCAUACGCAGUUUUAAAUGUGGUAACUCCUGCAAAGGUCUCUCCAUGUCAUGCCUAGGGGCUGGCACGUUUGGAACGCAAGCUUCGUCAGCGAUGAGACGUCAGCAGUGCAAGCAACAAACAGCCACACCCGUACGUGGUCACUUCUGUGUCUGGGUGCCAAAGUAAGUAGGGAACAAGCACGACCACAGUAUUGCUACCAGGUACAAGAUUUCACCAUGCCGCUCCCUAAACACUUGGAAGACUUGCACAUGACAUGCAACGUAAACCAUCCCCGUGAAGCACUGGCCCUGGCAGUCCAUGUGCUCAUGACUGAAGUUGGGUUUGAGCUUGAAGGCUGGCAAGAAACAUUGGCUGAUGGGAGUACAAAGGACCACCCUGCCACUGAGAACUUCUUUUGGGAAAGGAGUGACUGCCUGAUGAAAAUUGGCUACAGCCAUCCUACUUGCCCUUCAGUGUCCUUCCUUGUGGCAUUUGUUCUGUUUGACCCAAAUGUCAUUAUUCAUGGGCUAGUCGCACACGAAAGUAACACAGAAGGCUUCUCACUUAACUUGAGGAUUUCAGACUUCAUCCAGAGGGCAUUUCUGUCAGAUCCAGAGCCGAACAAAGUGUACAAAAAUCUUCCCACAUUGUCACGACUUGUCAAGGAUUCUGUGGCACUUCCACUCCUUGGAUGGGCCCAGAGUGUCACAAAUGUUGCUCCCACUUUUGGAUUCAUGACCUUGAGCUCCGAGAUCCAGCUUCUUAUUUUGGGUUACCUGAAUGUGCGAGACUUGCUGGCUGCAUCUGGAGUAAACACAGAUUUAUUUGAACUGGCAUCUCAUCCUGUGCUUUGGCGGAAGCUAUUUUUGAAGAACUUUCCAUCUGUGGAAGUGUCACCUACUGACAAUGUUUCCGACUGGAGAGAGAGAUACAAGCGGGAGUACUUGCUACGAAAGGAGCAGCAGGAGAAUGCUCUGCGGCUGCUGCCACGUAUGCGCCUAGUAAUGCCAAGCAGCCUCCGAAACACCCACCGUCCCUUUCUGCUGCCCCCAGUGCCCCAGAUUAGUGAUGACGACUUCGAGUUCGACAUGUUCAUGCUGCCUCAAGAUCAUCGGAUGCCAUGAAAGUCGGACAAAUCCAUGCACUAUCCAACAUUCCCGUGGUGCCUGAACAAUUGCAGUGCAUAAAAUCCUUAUUUGGAGGUGAUGCGUAAGUCAUGCAUUCAGGGGGAGAAUGCUUGUGGUUGUCGACACGGUGGAUGUUCAUCCAAAAUAAAACAGUGCUGUUUUUUUUAUUACCUGGCCAGCAUUUUGUGUAAGCAAGUAAGAAUAAAGAAUUAAAAAAAAAAAAAAAAACACGAGAGCCUGCCAGGCCUCUGUGCAGACCUGCAGCCAAAGAAAAGGAAAAAAAAAAAAAGAUU